AUGGCCGGAAAAGUCGCCGAGAUGGGUGGCCUGGCGGAGCGCGCAUUUGCCGACGCGGUGUCCGCACUCGUCACACAGGAUCACGAGCUGGCGAAAUCGACGAUUGAGAACGACGAACGUCUCGAUGCCCUUCAUCAGGAGGUCGAGAUGAAACUCAUCGAGAUGAUCGCACUUCGCCAGCCCAUGGGGCAGGACCUACGUGAAAUCACCGCUGCCAGCCGUAUCGCGAACGAUCUGGAACGUGUCGGCGACCUUGCCAAGAACGUCGCAAAGCGCGCCAUUGCCAUCGACAGCAAUCUGAAAUCAAAAAAACUUGCCAUUGGUGUCGAGCACAUGACCGAGCUCGCACUGGGGCAGUUGAAACAGGUCCUCGAUGCCUAUACGCGCCGCGACGCCGAGGCAGCCCGGCGGGUACAGGAAGCGGAUGCGGAAGUCGAUGCCAUCUAUACCUCCCUGUUCCGCGAGUUGCUCACCUACAUGAUGGAAGAUCCGCGGGUCAUCACGCAGUGCGUACACCUGCUUUUCUGCGCCAAGAACAUCGAGCGCAUUGGCGACCAUGCAACCAAUAUCGCCGAGAACGUCUACUACAUGGUCACGGGUGACCGCCUUCCUGAAGACCGCGCAAAACUCGAUGAAACAACCGGUGCCGUUUAG